AUUCAAUGAGCCACUUCAUGUUGGAAAGAUAAGUGCUGUGAUUACAUGUGCUGUAAAUUUGAUUCCAAGUUUCACUAUCAUUCAAUAGAUAAGGAAGAAGAAACACCGAGGUUUUAAAAUCGUCUUCGUCUAGUUCAAGCUUGAGAUUAAUCAGAUGUGAAUGUGGCUUGAGUGGAUUUUCUGUUUAUGAUGCAGUCUUAUCCUUUUGUCGUGGGCCUUGUCUUGUUAUUUUGUCUAGCUCGACUAGGCUACUGCAAAGUUGGGGCACGUUAUGCAUCAAUCAAACAGUACCCAUUUCAGAUUUCAGUCGAGAUGGAUAAUACUCAUUAUUGCAGUGGUGCAAUAGUGGGUGAUCAAUGGGUUGUCACUGCGAAAUCUUGCAUUCCCCAAAAUACGACGGAAGUGGAUAGGGUGAAAGUGAGAGCAGGCAGCAGCUAUCUUGCUUCAGGAGGUGCUCUCCAUUCUGUUAAGAAGCUCAUGAGAUUCAAGAGAUCCUCAUAUGAUAUGUAUCGACACAUGAAUACAGACAUAAGUAUGAUAAAAGUUGAGAUACCAUUCAACUACUCUCCUUACGUUCAGUGGUCCAACCCAAAUCUGGAAGAGCUAACAACUAAAUUGAAAUUUUCUGCUGCUGGUUACGCGAAAGAUAGAAAGAAAAGGAAGACUCGGUUGCAAAUGGUGUCAUUGAAGAAUCUACAUAGAGAUGAAUGUAUUGAUAUGUUUGAAGGAAAAAUUAAUAUCACUGGAGAUAUGGGAUGCUUUGUUGGAGCCACUAAGAGAGAUGAUACCUGUACGAUGAAUGUUGGUACACCAAUUGCAGCUGAUGGCCUUAUUUAUGCGAUUGUGAUAAAUAAGGAUUAUUGUAAAUCGAACGGUAGACACCCUGUCAUUGUAUCGCAGCUUGAAAAUUCCAGUGGAACCAUCGUCCAAACCAUGGCUGAGUUCAUUCCACGAACUUUCUAAAAAAAUUCAAUUCUAGGAGCAAGAUGAUAAUAAAUUAUCAAGAUUCAUCAGAAUGAGGAAUUUGAGAAAUUAUGUUGUUUAGAUUCAUAUUAUAAUACAGUAUGAUUAUUAUUUCACAUUUAAA